UCAGCGCGCCUCGCUCACCGCCAGCGGCCGCUCCGCUCGCCCUCCCGCUGCCCGCCCGGCACAGAGGAUGCCUGGAGGAGACAUGGCCAAGCCCCUCCUUGGCCACAGGAGCACAGAGGGUGAUCCCAGCGUGGUGCCUGCAGCUGGCCGCACCAUCGGCGUGCUGGGGAGCGGAGACUUUGCGCGCUCGUUGGCCAUCCGUCUGGUGUGCUCUGGCUUCAAGGUGGUGGUGGGCAGCCGCAACCCAAAGCGCAAAGCCUGCCUCUUCCCUUCUGCAGCAGAGGUCACCUUCCAGGCUGAGGCGGUGAAGAAGACGGAUGUCAUUUUUGUGGCGGUUUUCAGGGAACAUUACUCCACGCUCUGUGACCUGGCUGAUGUGCUGGCGGGAAAGAUCCUAGUGGAUGUCAGUAACAACACUGAAAUCAACCACCACAAAGAAUCCAACGCUGAAUACUUGGCCUCUCUGUUCCCAGCCUGCACUGUGGUCAAGGGCUUUAAUGUGGUUUCUGCGUGGACGCUGCAGUCUGGUGCCAGGGAUGGCAAUAAGCAGGUUCUAAUCUGCUCCAAUAGCCAAGAAGCCAAGCGUACUGUGGCAGAAAUUGCUCAGGUAAUGGGCUUCACCCCUGUGGACAUGGGCUGCAUGUCCUCAGCCUGCGAGAUUGAGAACAUUCCCCUGCGCCUUUUGCCAGCCUGGAAAAUCCCCAUCUUUUUGGCUCUGGGGCUUUUUCUUUGCUUUUUCACUUACAACCUGGUGCGACAGGUCAUCCACCCUUACAUCAGGGAGCAGAAGAAUAAGUUUUAUAAGAUCCCUGUCGAGGUGGUCAACACUACGCUGCCGUGCGUGGCCUACGUCAUGCUGUCUCUGGUCUACCUCCCUGGUGUGCUGGCAGCCUGCUCGCAGCUCUACUAUGGCACCAAAUACAGGCGCUUUCCAGACUGGCUUGACCAGUGGCUGCAACACAGAAAGCAGAUCGGCCUCCUCAGCUUCUUCUGUGCAGCCCUGCACGCCGUGUACAGCCUGUGCCUGCCCAUGCGCCGCUCCCACCGCUACCAGCUGAUUGAGACAGCCGUCAAGCAGGCUAUGGAGAAGAAGAUGAAUAUCUGGGUAGAGGAGGAAGUCUGGAGGAUGGAGAUUUAUAUAUCUGUUGGAAUAAUUGCCCUGGGCUUGCUGUCGUUACUUGCCAUCACCUCACUUCCAUCCAUUGCAAACUCUCUCAACUGGAGGGAAUUCAGUUUCAUCCAGUCUACGCUGGGAUUUAUUGCCUUGGUCAUCAGCACCCUGCACACCCUCACAUAUGGCUGGUCAAGGGCCUUUGAUGAGAACCAAUACAAGUUCUACCUGCCUCCCACCUACACUCUCACGCUGCUUGUCCCAUGUACUGUGAUCCUAGCAAAAGUUGCCUUCAGUUUGCCCUGCAUUCAGCAGAGACUCGUGCGAAUCAGAAGAGGCUGGGAGAAGGGGAGGUAUGUCAAGUUUGUCCUGCCCAGUGCAACAGGGGAGUAUUCAAGUGGGGAGACCUCUAGCAACGUCUGAUGGAACCUCAGGGGUGACAGAGGAUUUCAAAGCACUAUCAACAUUUCUAUAAAGGUGUUCCUUUUUCUUAAAUGUAUGUAUGUUUUAGUAUAAUUAUAUUGUGGGUAAAUAAUAAAAUCUGGUGACUUUAGAAAA